AUGGAUCACUCGAAAGAGGUCGAAGAUGCGCUUUCCAUCCACACGGAAAGCACCAAGUUACCUGACGAAGCCCCUGACAAUCAAGAUCUGGAGAGUCAGCUCGGUCAUCAACCCGCACCCGAAGAGAAAACGCCAACCGACCCAAACAUCGUGGACUGGGAUGGUCCAGAUGACCCUGCUAAUCCCAUGAAUUGGUCUACCGGAAGAAAGGUUGGAGCUAUUGGCAUGACCCGACCUCUUGCGUCAACCAUCAUCGCUUCGGGCGCAGAAGAUGUUUUAGUAACGUUCCACUCCACGAAUCAAACUCUCGGCGCAUUCGUAACCUCUGUCUACCUUCUCGGAUAUUGUUUCGGACCUCUCGUUAUCGCACCUCUGUCGGAAAUAUACGGUCGGACAAUCCUCUAUAAUGUCUGCAACGCCUUCUUCUUUAUCUUCAACAUUGCCUGCGCGGUGGCCAACAGCUUAGGCUCUCUGAUCGUCUUUCGCCUUUUGUCGGGCAUUGCUGCCUCGUGCCCUAUUACCCUUGGGGCAGGAUCAAUUAGCGAUAUGGUGCCAUUGGAAAAGCGUGGACUGGCGAUGGUGUUUUGGAUAAUGGGGCCGGUGCUGGGUCCGACAUUUGGACCCUUAGCCGGAGCUUACCUUGCCCAAGCCAAGGGCUGGCGUUGGAUCUUUUGGCUUCUUACUAUUCUCAGUGGAGUAGUCUUCGUAAUUACUUUACUUCUUAUGCGCGAAUCUUACGCAUUCGUACUCUUGAAGCGAAAAACCGAACGCUUGCGCAAAGAGACAGGGAACUCGCACUUGAGGUCUGUGCUAGACACUGGCAGAACCAACAAGGAUCUCCUGAAGUUCUCUAUCGUAAGACCAACCAAGCUGCUAUUCCUGUCUCCGAUAGUCUUCUUGAUGUCACUGUACCUAGCAAUUGUCUACGGUUACUUAUAUCUGCUUUUCACGACUUUUCCACGAGUGUUUCAGGAUCAAUACGGGUUUUCAAAUGGCGCUGUAGGGUUGACAUACUUGGGCUCUGGAGCUGGCGCCUUUCUUGGCCUGUUUUUCUGUGGCGCUGUUUCAGAUCGACUUGCCAAAGCUCUCAAGAACAGGAACGGUGGAGAUCAUAAGCCGGAAUAUCGUCUCCCCCUUAUGUUUAUCGGGGCUCUCAUAGUACCAGCUAGUCUUUUCCUCUAUGGAUGGACGACUGAGUAUAAAGUACACUGGAUUGUUCCCAUCAUCGCUACCGCGAUCUUCAGUUUCGGAUUAUUUACCGUAAUGAUGCCCACUACUACCUAUCUUGUCGAUGCAUAUACUACUUACGCUGCCUCUGUAACGGCUGCAGCAACCGUUAUCCGUUCUCUUCUCGGAGCACUUCUUCCCUUAGCCGGUAGUAAGAUGUAUGAUGCCUUGGGACUGGGAUGGGGGACAUCGGUUUUGGGGUUCAUUGCAGUGGCUUUCAUCCCAGUGCCGUUUCUUUUCUGGAUGUAUGGUGAACGAAUUCGAAAGAGCAAGCUGUUCAGAGUCCAUUUUUGAAUGGAAAUAGAGGUAAAUGAGAGAUGAUAAAAG